UGCGACAUUCUUUUAGUAAUUGGAAAAGAUUUUGGUUUUACCAGAAAUCAUUUACCUUUAGAAGAUUAAUGUUUAAAGUUGGUUGACUUUUCUAUGCAAUUCAAGUGUCACCAAUCUCUAGAUUGCACGAAUAAGAAAGCAUAAAAUGGAAUUUGCCUUCUUCUCUGUUCUCCUGUUGAUCUCCUGCAAUCUUUCAAAAUCUGCAAUCAACGAAGAUGCAAGAGUAGAAAAUGCUGAAGAAGGCGAUUGCAAAUGUCCGAAAAAGCAUGAGAAGCCAAUGGACUGCGCUGAACUGUUGGAAAAUGGAAAUACCAAAAGCGGAGUGUACACCAUUUGGCCGAGGAGCAGGCUUGCAGAAUGUUCGUCGAUAGAAGUUUUUUGUGACAUGGUCACUGACGGAGGUGGAUGGAUUGUAAUUCAGAGACGAUGUCAAUACGGAAACGGUGAAGACUAUUUUGUUAAAAACUGGAACGAAUACAAAAAUGGAUUUGGAAACAUAAAAAAGGAAUUCUGGCUUGGCAAUGACAACAUCCACUCUCUUACAAAUCAGGGGCAAUAUUCAGUAAGAUUUGAUAUGAGAGACGAAAACCGAACAUCUGUUUUUGCCAUAUACGAAAAUUUCUGGAUUGGAAAUGAAGAAAGUAAAUAUCGAAUUCACCUAUCAGAGUACAGUGGGACAGCGGGGGAUUCUCUUUCUUCUCACAGUGGAGGUUUAUUCUACACGGCAGACAAGCCAAACUUACCAUCCGGCAAAGAUGGUAAAACGAUGCGUUCUGGUGGUUGGUGGUUGAAUAGGAUGCCCAGUAGCAGUCUCAAUGGUUUGAACCUUGUCGGAACAGACAGAAUUGGUUCCAGAGACGGCAUCUCGUGGAAUACUUUUGGUGGAUACGACAAUUCAUUGGCGGGAACAGAAAUUAAAAUACGCCCAAGGAGAUUUUACUAAGUAUUUAGCUACGUAAGGCCGUCUCAGAAAGGCCAACAUAUGUUAAUAUAAUAUAGUAAUAAUGGACUGUAUUAAAUAACAACACUUGUGGAAUCUAAUAAUUAUUCUGUAUUUAUUUUAACUGAGAAUAAAUCAUUUUUCUGGCAUCA